GCAAACUUCAGCACUGAAACACCACAGUCCCCUUUCACGUCCAAAACAUGUCAUCCACCACCACGGCUUCAGAGUGUUCAUAUUUAGAUCAAAUUCAACAAUACCUCCUUCCCAAUGAUUCAGGCAUUCUAACACCAAAUCAAGCUUUUCCAAGCCCUAGACAUAAUACUGGUUCUGACACGGCAGUGCGUGAAGCGAACGCGCCUCCAAAAUGGAGGCGCUACCGGGGUGUGAGGCGUAGGCCAUGGGGAAAGUUCGCGGCGGAGAUAAGAGAUCCAAAGAAAAAUGGUGCUAGGAUUUGGCUCGGAACUUAUGUAACCGAGGAAGAAGCAGCUUUGGCUUACGACAAAGCUGCUUUCAAGAUGCGUGGCCGCAAGGCCAAGUUGAAUUUUCCUCACCUCAUUGGCUCCGAUGAUACGUCAUCAAAGGUGCCAAGUGUGGUGGCUUCUAAGUGGAGUUUGCCGGAGCCUUCUUCACCAUCAUCAUUGGAUGAUAGUUGUGAAUCACAAGGGUCAAAGAGAAGAAAGAGCUUGGUUAAUCUAUUGAAUAACUUGGCCAAGGAUAGAAGUCGUCACUUCAUUGGCUUCGAUGAUACGUCAUCAAAGUCACUGAGCGUGGUAACUUCUAAGCAGAGUUUGUCAAAGCCUUCUUCACUAUCAUCUUUGGAUGAUAGUUGUGAAUCACAAUGGUCAAAGAGAAGAAAGAGCUCGGUUAAUCUAUUGAAUAACUUGGCCAAGGAUAGAAGCCAAGUCAAGGUGGUUGAAAUGGCCUUAGAGACAAAUGAGGUUGAGAAAUGGGUGAAUGAAUUGAGUGAUUGCACUCUAAUCUGGUGCUCCUAGUGUUGUUGUGUUAUUUUUGUGUGUAGUUCAAAUGUUUUUUUUUGUUUUUGUUUUUUGCUGUGUCAAUGCAGUUCUAAUUAAGUUUGAAAUGGUUUUUGCACAUCAUUGAAGAAAUUCAAGUGUUGAUGUUUGUCGACCAUUAUGAGAUAGCUACCCAAACUUAAAUAAAACAAUAUAUGAGAAUGUUGAAAUAUUUCCAAUGAAGCAUUUCUUUGGAUAUGAUCAUAUUAGUUGAAAAAUAGAAUAAUUAAAUGUAAACUUUGUUUGACUUUUGCUUCUUUCAAGCUUGGUUCAAGAUAGUAUCUGUUGUAAAAUCUUAUUCAAAACAUAAAUAUUAAUUA